ACAUCUCCACGCGCGCUCAUUCAGGACGCUGUUAUUCGCGUGGUCUCGCGCUCAGACACAAUGCUGACGAUAACUCUGAAGACCCUCCAGCAGCAGACGUUUAAAGUGCAGAUAGAUGAGGAACUGACGGUAAAGGCUCUUAAAGAGAAGAUAGAGGAAGAAAAGGGGAAAGAUGGUUUUCCAGCGGUCGGUCAAAAACUAAUCUAUGCAGGCAAAAUUUUGAAUGACGAUAUACCUCUGAAAGAAUACAAAAUAGAUGAGAAGAAUUUUGUUGUGGUGAUGGUUACAAAGCCAAAAUCUGCAGCGUCGCCACAAACUCCCACUCCUGUACCAGUGUCCGAAACCCCCACACAUCAACCCACGACUCCUGUUGCGCCUCCUAAUGCCUCCAUAGUGCCUGAAACGACCCCUGAUCCUGCUCCUGUAGAACCAGCUGCAUCAGUGGAGCCGAUUGACCCACCCGUCACAGCGCCCCCUGCUGCAUCGGAGGAUACUGUAGAAACAACUGAACCCGUUAGCGCUACUCCUGCUCCAGUCGUAGAAGAGGAGAUCCAGGGCCAAGAGGAGCAGGCCAUCGCCCAAUCAGAGGCCAGCCUCACAGAUGAAUUGAGUCUUUUAGAAGCAGCUGCAUCGAUACUAGUUACAGGUCAAGCGUAUGAGAAUUUGGUGACGGAAAUCAUGUCGAUGGGUUAUGAGAGGGAACAGGUGAUCGCUGCUUUAAGAGCAAGUUUCAACAACCCGGACAGAGCCGUGGAGUACCUACUUACGGGUAUUCCAGCAGAGUCAGAGCAGCCUCCACAGGAAGUAGUUCGACCCACACCCUCGUCCAACCCGACUCCUCCAGCACCACAGAGAGCUCAGCCUCCACCUGCCGCCGCCGGUGCAGAGUCUGGCGGUGCGCAGGCAUCUGCAAACCCAUUGGAGUUCCUGAGGCACCAGCCGCAGUUUCAACAGAUGCGGCAGAUCAUCCAGCAGAACCCAUCGCUUCUGCCUGCACUGCUGCAGCAGCUCGGCCGAGACAACCCACAACUUCUGCAGCAAAUCACGCAGCAUCAGGAGCGGUUUGUGCAGAUGUUGAACGAGCCUGAAGCUGAAGCUCCCGCUGCACCACAGACCAACUACAUACAGGUCACACCCCAGGAGAAAGAGGCCAUCGAGAGGUUAAAAGCUCUGGGGUUUCCUGAAGGUCUCGUCAUUCAAGCGUACUUCGCCUGCGAGAAGAACGAGAACCUCGCGGCAAACUUUCUGCUUCAGCAGAACUUUGACGACGAAUGAACGUUAUGACGGCGGAGAAAGUGAAACCUCUAGGCCACAUGUGUGUGUGUGUGUGUGAGUCUGAAUGUGAACAAGUAGGAAGUCGACUGGUCUUCCAUGAUGAUUGUCAUGGAGUUUAAACUGAAGCCAUGAUGUGACGUUAAAUCAGCACAGCUUUUAUUUUGAUAGAUAUAUAGCCGAUCCUCUGCGAUGAGGAGUCUGUUGUCUGUCUGGAUUCUGCUGCUAUUAAUGCGUUGUGUCGAUUGAGGUUUUAUUUAUCGCAGUUAAAACCCUGCCAAAAAAACACAUCAUCAUUCAUUUCACGUUUUUCGAGAUGAUUUAGUCAAGGUAGAUGGCAAAUUUAGUUAAUCACCGACGAAAAUUACUUUUUGAGGAAUAGAUGUACAACUUUUCAGCAUAUGAUUUUUUGUAAACCAUUUUUUGUUUUGCAUUUUUCUCCACUGGAAUAAUUAUGCAACAUAAUUUUUUCGAUUGCAGUAUUAAUAAUAGUAUUAAUGAUCCUUUUAACUCUAUUUAGUUGCCAUUUAGAGUUUCUCGCCUAUAACAUUGACUUUCAUCAUUUCACAGCCCAUUUUUGUUUGGUUUUCUGCAGUGGAGUAGUUAUUUUUCAUUUUGUUUAGCCGACGUUAAAA